AUGUUGCUCUUUUCAAUUCUUUUCCUUGCCUUCAUCACCACCACUGAAGCCCAUUGGGGCUAUGGAAUGGGCUAUGGCGGCUGUGGAUGUGGAGGAGGUUAUGGCUACUUUUAUCCACCGCCUCCGCCUCCUCCGCCGCCACCGCCGCCGCCACCACCACCACCAUGCAUGUGCGGGUGCUGCGGCGGGUUCUGGGGAUGA